AGUUUCCAUUAUUUCCCUAUUUAGUCUGCCUUUCCUCUGACACUAAUUGGUCUCAGUGCAACUGAAUCUUCUUGUUUGCAGCUCGCUCUCGUAUAGAAUGAUGUCAUGUGGAUUAAGAGUCAAGAAACAUAAAACAGACUCUAAUGUGUAAGAAAUCAACCCUGGAGUGGUGAAAUCUUGUUUUUCAGAGAGCCGGAGGUGGAGUCGGCUGUUCCUAUGGGGACCAGAGUGGAAAAGGCAGAAAUGUAGUGAAGCUGGUCAGAGAGAGUCAGUGGGAAGAGCUGCAGAACCAGACAAGACGAUUGUAUCCGACUUGACGCCUUAAAACGGGAGCUGGUUGGAGCUGCAGGGACAGUUGAGCUGAGAUCGUCCACCUCACAGGUUGGUGUUUAGAAGAAGAAGAAGUGGAGCCUCACUCUGACUCUGAGAAACAUCUGCAAACAUUUUCACACAAGAGUCGUUUUUUUUGCCUUUCUGCUUUUCGUCCACGAUUAAAUGAGCAGUUGGCCGAUUUUCCCCGAGGAUGGAGAAGUACGAGAAGAUCGGGAAGAUCGGAGAGGGAUCCUACGGCGUCGUCUUCAAGUGCAGGAACAGAGACACGGGUCAGAUCGUCGCCAUCAAGAAGUUCGUGGAGUCCGAGGACGACCCCAUCAUCAAAAAGAUCGCACUGAGGGAGAUCAGGAUGCUCAAGCAACUGAAACACGCCAACCUGGUGAAUCUGAUCGAAGUGUUUCGACGUAAACGGAAGCUGCACCUGGUGUUCGAGUACUGCGACCACACCGUCCUCAACGAGCUGGACCGACAUCCCACAGGCGUUCCAGAGCAUCUGGUAAAAAGCAUCACCUGGCAGACGCUUCAAGCUGUCAACUUCUGCCACAAACAAAACUGCAUUCACAGAGACGUGAAGCCGGAGAAUAUUCUCAUCACCAAACGUCAAGUCAUCAAACUGUGUGACUUUGGGUUCGCCAGGAUUCUCACCGGACCGUGUGAUUACUACACCGACUACGUGGCGACUCGCUGGUAUCGAGCUCCGGAGCUGCUGGUGGGCGACACUCAGUACGGCCCCCCGGUGGACGUCUGGGCCGUCGGCUGUGUGUUCGCUGAGCUGCUGUCAGGAAUCCCUCUGUGGCCCGGAAAGUCCGACAUGGACCAGCUGUACCUGAUCAGGAAGACUCUAGGAGAUCUGAUCCCUCGACACCAGCAGGUUUUCAGCAACAACCAGUUCUUCUGCGGAGUUUCCAUCCCAGAGCCUCAAGAGAUGGAACCUUUGGAGCAGAAAUAUCCAAACCUCUCACAUCAAGCUCUGAGCCUCAUGAAGGGUUGCCUGAGGAUGGACCCGUCUGAGCGUCUGUCCUGCGAGCAGCUCCUCCAGCAUCCUUACUUCGACAGUCUGAGAGAAAAGAGCGAGAGCAGCUCGGACCGAUCCGGAAACAAGAGGACACGUUUACCUCGGAGACACCUUCCCCACGGGUAUUUGCCACAGCUGACCGGCAGCAGCAUCUUUCCAGCUCUGGACAAUAAAAAAUACUACAACAACCUGCGUAAGUUCAACUACCACCUACCCAACAUCUAAACUCUCCCUCCUUCCCUCCCGAGCCGCUUGGGAAACAAAGCUCUGCGGUUUUUAAAACGAAGGAUUCAACCACUUUUUAACAUGUUUGUCUCUCGAUAUUGACGUCGGUCUAUGCACUAUCCCCAGCAUGUCCCCUCCGACCCGCUGGUUUACGUAUGUUGCCUACAUUUUGAGCUGAUUUUUGUAGAGAUGUUUGAGACAAGGAGCGACUCGCUGCUCCGCUUGUAGUCGCUGAGUAGACUGAAGGUAAAACUACUGCCUUUGCCCGGUUUGCCAAAUGUAUUUUUAUACAACGAUGGACUCUGCAGGAGCGACACGUUUUUGAUAGUAGAGUUUAAUGUUUAGUAAGUUAUAAUGUAGGACGCAAAAGACUCAUGAGCAUUUUUCUGGACAUAAUAUUUAUUAACGUGAGGAGUGAAUACAGUUGUAAACAUUCCUUUAACCACCUUUACAAGCGUUUAUCAGCAGCAGUACAACAUCGUACUCAUCCUCUCUGGAACUCUGGUGCUAAGGAUGUUUUCAGCCAUCUGUCUGUCCUCAGAUAUAUUUUAUGACAAAUGCCAAAUUAAUCUGAAAAGAAAAGAUUUAAAUUACUCUUACAUUGCUUUUUCUCUGUGUACAUGUGGAGUAACCUUUAAUAAACUACACAAUAUCAAAGAGAACUGGUGUCGACGGUAUAAAGUCCCUCGAAGUCCGUCUUCCUCUGGUGGAAAUGAAGUUUUUUUUUACGGUGUUCAUGUGUCUAUAUUUUCUUUUUUAUCUGCUUGAAAACUUUCCACCCAUGUACCAAUGACAGUCUCAAAAACAUGGAUUCAGACUUCCUGGGUUUCAUACAUCACAAACCUAAGGAACCAAUCAACUUAAGGUCUUAAUGUAUUUUGUUUCUUUUUUGGAAUUAAUUCCCUGUGUUUCUUGCCAAAAACUGAUCCUGCUGCUUGUUUAGGCUUCCAAAUAUAUUACUCUAUGGGCUUUAAUCUUUAAAAUAUUACCCUUAUUAAUGAAAUCAAGUCAUUUUGAUGCAUUAAUGACAUUUCAGUCACAAUUUAGGGGCUGCAAUCCUUUUUUGACAAGUGGAAAACUGCAGAAUUGCUCCUUAACAGCUAAUUUAACUGACAAAAAGAACUGGAUUGGUGAUAAUCUAAAUAGGUAAAGCAUUAAGAUGAUUGCAAAAGAUAUGCUUUCUUCAUUUUUUAUGUAAAACUUAGACAUAAAUCUUGCUAAUUACAGUCUAGUUUCCGGAUUUAAACAUGGAUAUUCGACAUACAUACAGCCUAAACGUCAGAAAUAACACUAUAGUACUGCCUGUGAUCCUCAAUGUCAUGCCUGAUUACAUUAUAAGUUGCUUUUUUGGGCACAAUUGUUCAGUUACCAUAAAUUUUCACAAAGACAUACCUUUGCUUUCACCACAGAGGGAUAUAAAAUUAUGUUUUUUGAAUGUUAAGACUGUUGGAUGCAGAAAAAAGCAACUCUAGACAUAUAUAAAGUGGACAAUAAUUAGCAAAACACUCCUGCUGACUGCAGUCAGUUUCUGGCAAGACACUGGUUUGAACAUGUGUGACCAGUUGGCCAAGUUGGCAUUGAGUAGUUUUAGUGUUUCCGCAGAGGCAUAGGUGAGCUGGUGUGCUCGAGCUGCAAAAAAGAAUGCGUGUAGAGUUGCAUCAAAGCCAUUUUAACAAAUGGAGAGAUUAUUUUAAUCCAAAGAAAUGUCUAAAUAUGUCACUCUGACGCAUGGAGAUGAGUUUCUAGGGGUUUAAUAGACGACUGAGGAGGGACUUUAACUUUUGCAUUAGCUGGACAAGAGCAGAAAUGAAACAUCAGCUUUGCUCCACACUCUUUUAAAAAAAAAAAAAAAAAAAAAAAAACAACAUAA